UAACCUAGAAAAGUCAGUGAAAAAUACCAUCAUGAAAAACAAGUAACGUCAAAUCGUCAUAUUUAUUUUUAUUUCAAAAUAAUUCUAAAGUAACCUUGAAUUAAUUUCAAGUCAGUUAUAAAUGUCCGCAGAAAAAAGUAAAUCUUAAAAUUUCAAUUUCAAUGAGGAAUUAAAUAGAUGAAAUAUAUAAUGAUACCGUUCGGACGCCGGGGGUUUCCUUACUUUAAAUUACAACAAAAAAUAACAACACUGCCAAGAAUUAUGUCUUAUUAAGAGAAAAAAAAGAAAAUUAAUCUACUGUAUAGCAAACGAAAAACAAAUGGACGAAAUUUGGUUUCGACUCUCGAGUCAACUCGAAAUUUUACAGGUCGAGGCGUCAGUUUUUCUUCAACAUGGACAACAAUGGCUAUCGGUAUUCAUAUCGCAUUGUCGACGAAUUUUACAGGAAUUAAAUGACGAAGAAUAUUUUCGGCAGGUGAAAGAAGUUGGUUUACAAAUUAUUUAUUUGAUGAGAAGGAAUUGGGAUGAAUUGCAAUAUAAAAUCUCUACAUUUCAAUUUAACACGAGGGCUUUUUAUCAUCAAGUAGGAAAUCUCUUCUCUAAUGGAGUUACAGGAAGAGAAAUUGGCUUUUUCUUGAUUGGAAUAGCGACCGGAAGUUUGAUUGGUUUUUGCAUUGGGCAAAAUUGGCGAAACACUCCUCGUCAUUUGCAUAAUAUGAAAGCAAUUAUUUGUCAUAAUUAUAAAGGUGUUGAGGGCGUUUGCAUGGUGGAGGACGCUGAAAUGCCUAUGAUACAGAAAAAAAACGAACUCUUGGUACAAGUAAAAGCCGCUGCUGUACACAAUGUGGACAUAAAUGUUUGCAAUGGAUAUUAUAAAACGUAUCGAAGAAUCCUCAAUUCAGGCAGACACAAAGAUUUACCAGUAAUUUUAGGCAGAGAUUGCGCCGGAGUCGUCGUAGACAUUGGUCAGAAUGUCGUUAAUUUCGACAUUGGUGAAGAGGUGUUUCUCGCAGUGCCGGCAUGGGCCCCGGGAACAAUGGCCGAGUACAUUGUGGUUCCUGAGACCCAAGUAGCCAAACGACCAAAACUAGUAACUUUUGAGGCGUGCGCCAGUUUACCCUACAACGGCUGCAUUGCCUGGGACGCCCUUGUCAAUGGGUCCGUCAUCAAGGAAGGAAACGCGAAGGGCAAGAGAGUUUUAAUUUUUGGAGGCAGCACCCCAGUUGGAUGUAUUUUGACGCAACUGAUAAAACUGUGGGGAGGAUAUGUUGUUUCCGCUUGCAGACCGCACGCGGUGCCUGUAACGAGAGCUUUGGGUGCCGACGAAGUUAUUCCUCUUGGCGAGUCCGAUAUUGAAAAAGAAUUGGAACUACGUGACAAAUAUGACGCUAUUUUUUUCACUGGCGGCCAAGCAACGGACGAAAAUAUCCUAAAGAGAUAUUUACUACAUCGCGGAAGUUACAUAUCAACAGUACCAAAAAUGUUGACGUCCGAUUCAUUGGGACUAGUUUUUGGAAGUCUUUUUGCCGGAUGUGUGCGAUUGCAACUAGUAAUUCAGUACUUUUUCGGAAUUAGUAAUUACAAAUGGAAAGAUGGUGCAAAGAUAGAUGUGAAUUAUCUAAGAUGCCUACAAGAACUUGUCGAUGCGGAUAAACUUCAAACUGUUGUCGAUCGUGUAUUUUCACCAGUGCGCAUCGAUCAAGCACUUGAUCACAUUAUGGACCCAAAUGCAAUUGGCAGUACGGUUAUAAAAUUUCAUUGAAAUUAUAGCGUCUACGAA